GGGCAGGCCCACACCGCUGACCAGCAGCCGAGCAGCCAUGGACCCAUAUGCCAGAGCGAGCAGCACAGCAGCCCCACUGCCCUGCACCAGCUGUGGGGGCUGCUGCGACCCUCCUCCCCUGGCCUCAUGCUCGUUGGUCCCCUUGGCCCCCCUUAUGGCCCCCCUCUCUCCUCCAUGCCCCCACAUAUGACCCCUGCUCCCCCGGUGUGUGCUGCUACAGCUGUCCAGGCUGAGAAUGGCAGCAGCUGGAACUCCUCCUCUGGUUCUUCAGACUCCCACCCUGGCCACCAGGGCGGCUCUACCACCUCCCCCACCUACUGGACGGCCGUGUUUGACUACGAGGCCACGGCAGACGAGGAGCUGACCCUGCGGCGCGGGGACCUCCUUGAGGUCCUCUCCAAGGACUCCAAAGUGUCCGGGGACGAGGGCUGGUGGACAGGCAAGAUCCAGGACAAGGUGGGCAUCUUCCCAUGCAACUACGUUACUCGGAGGGACGCUGGCAGCUACCCGCAGCUAACCCCAGGAGGGCUGGUGGCAGGUGGGGUGCCUGAGGGGUGCCCCCUGGAGAUCGACUUCACGGAGCUGGUGCUGGAGGAGGUGAUCGGGGCGGGGGGGUUUGGGAAGGUGUAUAGGGGGAUGUGGCAAGGGGAGGAAGUGGCAGUUAAAGCUGCCAGGCAGGACCCGGACGAGGACAUCAGCGCCACAGCUGAAAGCGUACGACAAGAGGCCAGGCUUUUCUGGAUGCUCAGACACCCCAACAUCAUCAACCUGAUAGGGGUGUGCCUGCGAGAGCCCAAUCUCUGCCUGGUGAUGGAGUACGCCCGCGGGGGGGCUCUGAACAGAGCCCUAGCUGGGAAGAAGGUACCCCCCAGGGUGCUGGUGAACUGGGCCGUGCAGAUCGCCACAGGGAUGGACUACCUGCACAAUCAGACCUUUGUACCGGUUAUACACAGAGACCUCAAGUCUAGCAACAUCCUGAUCCUGGAGCCCAUUGAGAGGGAGGAUCUGGGUGGCAGGACCCUGAAGAUCACAGAUUUUGGCCUGGCACGGGAGUGGCACCAGACCACCAAGAUGAGCGCAGCGGGCACCUAUGCCUGGAUGGCCCCCGAGGUCAUCAAACUCUCCCUGUUCUCCAAGAGCAGCGACGUCUGGAGUUUCGGGGUGUUGCUAUGGGAACUGCUGACAGGAGAGGUUCCGUACCGUGAGAUAGAUGCGCUGGCCGUGGCGUACGGAGUGGCCAUGAACAAACUGACCCUGCCUGUACCGUCCACCUGUCCCGAGCCCUUCGCACUCCUGCUGGCAGAGUCCUGGAGCCCAAACCCCCACAGUCGCCCGUCCUUCACUAAUAUCCUGAUGCGACUGCUGGCCAUCGAACAGUCGGCCAUGUUUCAGAUGCCCCUGGAAUCCUUCCACUCUCUGCAGGAGGACUGGAGGCUGGAGAUCCAGCAGAUGUUUGACGAGCUCAGGGCCAAGGAGAAGGAGUUGCGUUCCUGGGAAGAGGCGCUGGCUCGUGCGGCCGAGGAGCAGAGGGAGCAGGAGGAGCAGCUGAAGAGGAGGGAGCAGGAGCUGGCUGAGAGAGAGAUCGAUAUUGUGGAGCGUGAACUCAACAUCAUCAUCCACCAGAUGUACCAGGAGAAGCCCAGGGUCAAGAAGCGCAAGGGCCACUUCAAAAAGAGCAGACUACUCAAACUGGGCCGAGACAGCAACAGCAUCAGUCUGCCCUCUGGUUUCGAGCAUAAGAUCACCGUGCAGGCGUCUCUGAGCGUGGAUAAGAGGAAGCCCCAGGGCAGUGAGAGCACCACACCUCCAGCCAGCCCAGGGGUCAUACCCCGCCUCAGGGCCAUACGACUGACGCCCAGCGAUGGCAAUAAGACAUGGGGCCGCAGUGCCGUGUGUAAGAAGGAGGACCUGGCAGCUAGCAAAAAGAAGGGACGCACCUGGGGCCCCAGCUCCACCCUCCAGAGAGAGAGACUUGGCGGAGAGGACAGGUUGAAGUCGCUAGGCGACGGAUGCAAGGUGUGGUCCUCUAGUGCCCCGAAUCUGGGCAAGUCUCCAAAACACGCCCCCAUGACCGCCGGCUUCUCCAGCCUCAAUGAAAUGGAGGAGCACUGUGAGUUGGAGGAGUCGCCCGGGUCUCUGAUGCCCCCAGAGACCAGCAGUAACGGGUCUGUGGAGGAGGGAGGCCCCCAGUGUGGCGGGCUGGGGCCCGGGCUGGGGCCUGCUGGGCUAGGGAGCGGGAUGGGCUACCAGGACUCUCUGCGGCGCUGCAGCCAGAGGAAGAAGAGCGACCUGCUGCUACUGGGCUGUGCCUCAAUACUGGCCUCUGUAGGUCUGGGGCUGGACCUGCUACAGCUGGGGAAACUACAGGUCCAACAGGACGAGCAGGACCUUAGAGAGGAGCAGCGCAAGAAAAAGGACAGCAUUUUCCAGCGAACGGGUCGUUUCCGCCGCAGCACCUCUCCCCCGAGCCGCGCCCUGUCCCUCUCGCUGUCCCGCCGCCGCGACUCUACUCUCCCCUGCACGGACCCCUCUCCUUCCGUCACCCUCCUCUCCCUCUCCUCCCUCUCAGACUGCAACUCCACCAAAUCCCUCCUUCCCUCGGACCUUGAGGACUUGGCGUUGACCCCCGGAGUGGGCGCCUCCCUCACCAUGGCGACCCCUGUCCCCGCCCUUAACCCCCUCCUGGAUCUGAGGGCAGAGAGCUUCAAGAGGGAGCCCAACCAGUCCCUCACGCCCACCCAUGUGUCUGCAACCAUGAACAGGGGGCAUAGACGCACCCCCUCUGAUGGGGCGAUACGCCCCCGCGCCCAAACCCUAGGGCACCGCAGGACCCCCUCGGACGGCAGCAUGCCCAUGCCGCCCCCACCAGGGCCCCGCAUCCUCCCCCUACAUGCAGGUUACAAGGAGACCCUAGAUAUCCCCCGUCUCCCUGACCCUUCCAGCCUCUUCCCAAGGGUCCUCCGCCGCAAGGCCCCUGCUCCGCCUGUCCCUGUCCCGGUCCUGGAGCCCCUGACCAUCAUCAGUCCCUUGGAGAGGCCCAAGACCUUGGAGUUCGCCCCCCGACCUCGGCCCACACCAGCCAGGGUGCGACCGGACCCAUGGAAGCUGGGUUCCCUGUCCAGAACCCUGAGCUCGUCCCCGGGCAGCAGCUGUGACAGUCCCCUGGGCUCUGGGGACAGCAGUGCCAGCACCGGCGCUGCCAGGCCCAACCUCAUGGACAUGGACGUGGAUGGACAGGAUCUGGACGGCACCGUGCCCCUGUGUGAACAGCACCAGGCUGCACAGCUCUGUGGACAGAACUACGGCUAAGUCACACAUUACUGUAUAUGGGCAACACGGCUCCUAGUGCACACUUCAAAGACUCCUAGUGUGCUCACUUUAUUCCUGGUACCCAAUCCCUUUGCGAACAGCACUUCUACUAGUGUCCACUCUGAAGCCCACUUGUGCGGGCUGUACCUCUCUCCUGGUGGUCACUCCUAAGCCUUGUGCCCCCUAGUCUCAUAGUGCCCAGCAUCCGGGACAGCACACGUCUUAGUGUCCCGUCCAAAGCCGCCCAGUGUUGGACAACAUUCCUCUAAGUGACCACUCCGCAACCCCUAGAGUCCAAACCUUUAGUGCCCUAGUGACCAGUGUGCCCUGCUAACCUUCCGCAUAUUACCUGUCCUCUAAAGGGAAGGAAUGUGUAAGCCAUUCCACUUCCAGACAGACACUUCCAAGUGCUCAUCCCGGUUUACAUGUGCUGCAGUAGGACUCGUUCUGCUGAACCACCCCGUUGACUCUCUGCAGCUCUCUACACAGGUGUCGUGUCUGUCUCUGCUCGCUCCUUCCCCAAAGACUUGGGCUGAAGCUUUGCCAGCCGUAGACACAUUCACAUCUCAACAGGGUUGGAAUUAUUCUCUUGGGAGUGCCCUUGAAGUGUCCAUGUUAAUAGUUGUUUUGUGGGCGUGCCCUGAUUUGUUAUGAGAGCACCUCUGGGUGUCCCAUCAUGUGGGCCCUGCUGCCCCUCCUUCAUAUUUACAUGUCGUCAUGGUAGGUAGACACUCAAAUCCUGAGGGACUUCCAAAUCAGUGCGUAAGUUGCCCUCUUAUUGUGCAUCACCUUCUAUAGAACUCAUUUCCACCUCCCUCACCUCCACAUAGCAUCUUCCUGUAUAGGGAUGGUCUCUGUCCUCCCCCUCUCCCAAAGACUGCAACAGGAACAGGGAAGCCAUUUUAAGCCCCACAAGCACAAUUGACAGGACUUUAUUUCCUCAGCUCUGUACAGCAAAUUCAUUUUAUUUUAUUUUUCUCAAUGCUUGAACCAUUCCAGCCAUAACCUGUUUAGCACAGCAUUUUCUAUUGGUUUGGCGAAUUGUGUGUCUGUGUGGGUGUACACUGUGUGUCUGUGUGGGUGUACACUGUGUGUCUGUGUGGGUGUACACUGUGUGUCUGUGUGGGUGUACACUGUGUGUCUGUGUGGGUGUACACUGUGUGUCUGUGUGGGUGUACACUGUGUGUCUGUGUGGGUGUACACUGUGUGUCUGUGUGGGUGUACACUGUGUGUCUGUGUGGGUGUACACUGUGUGUCUGUGUGGGUGUACACUGUGUGUCUGUGUGGGUGUACACUGUGUGUCUGUGUGGGUGUACUCUGUGUGGGUGCGCACCCAUGUGUGCUUGUGUUUUGGUACCGCAUGUUAUUUUUGUGUGAAGGAUGUACUGUAGAACUAGCAAAUCUGUUGUGAGGGAGCCGAAACAGGACGCUUUUCUCCCUCAUUCUUUACCUUAUGUCCACAUAGGGAUGCAAAAUGUCCAAUAUUUUCCCCCCAAAAUCCCCUGGUUUACCAGAAAUCCUGGUUGAAAGAUUCCUGGAAGAAGCAGGAAAUACGGGAAUAGUUGAACCACUAUUUCUGGAAAACCAGGGAAUUUAGGGAAAGUGUGAAACUCAUAAGCUGGAGUUUCUCAGCAAACGUCCUCUCUCUCACCUUCAUCACUGCUCUGUAAAGAGCCCCUUGUACGCUCGGUUAUAUGGACAGUUCAUUUUUAACAAAAGUCCUCUGAGAGCAGAGGAGGACCAUGGGAAAUGAGGGUUAAUCCACUUGCAAUAAAUGGUUAAUGGAUACUACCUGUUUUCUACAACAACAAAAAACGAAUUCCCACAUUCCGUACCCCUGACUUCCUUUUCCUCACCUACUGGAUAGUGAUACAGCAUCAUUGAAGGGGGAAAAGGGCCCAAUCUUUGGUUAAAGAGCCAUGAUAUUGACAUUGACAUGUCCGUGUCACAAGAGUACAGACUGUGAAGGACUUGACACAAGGUGCUUGGGAUGUGGACGGCGAAUCGAGAGAACUCUGGAUUCUCUCGCAGGCCCAUGAGUGCACCUGUACUGUCUGGUUGCUGAAAGAAGAUGAAUACCACUUUUUAAUGGCACAGCUAGUCAAGGCUACAUACAAGUAUUUACUUGGCUAUGUGUAUAUGGGAGUGUGUGUGUGUGUGUGUGUGUGUGUGUGUGUGUGUGUGUGUGUGUGUGUGUGUGUGUGUGUGUGUGUGUGUGUGUGUGUGUGUGUGUGUGUGUGUGUGUGUGUGUGUGUGCGUGUGUAUUUAGUGUUAUUAUUUGUAUGGGAUGAUGUCAAUCCCAUAGGUAGAGGGGUGAGCAAAACUCAUCCUUAUUCUCCUUGUGUGGUUAAGAACACUCAGAGUAUUUAUUAAAAUGAUUGUUAUAAUUGAAAUAAUGAUUCAUUAUUGUCAUUAUGAUUCUCUGUCCCGGAAUAUAUAUAUAUAUUUGUUAAUAUAACACAGACCAACCAAGGAAAACCAAGCAAACUACAGGCUGACGUUCAUGUGGAUGGGAGGUUGUCUUCGACCUGUCUCAAUCCGUGACGUUCUGGGAUACAUGACGAAAGAGUGAUGUGUUGUUGACUGUUGAGGCUGCGGUGAGGAAUGAUUGAAUGAAUUACGUAAUAAAGAAGGAAGAGGGGCGCUUGCUGUGUCUCUGCUCUUCCUGUCACUCGCUCUGUGGAGUUAUAUCCGUAACGUUGACUGUCGUUACAUUCCGUUAUAUUCUACCGUGUGCGCUAAUGCUUGUAAUACCUGAACCUUUCCAUGGCUUUUUUUUUCUUCAAAUAACACACACAUUACACACAUUAUAUUGUAUCUCUGUGAGCAGGAGAAACGCCUGGCUGCAAUAACAGUUAUCAUCCUCAAGAUGUCAUCAAAGCCGAUCAAGUCACUUUGAGCCAAAUAUACUUACUUGGACAAGCAUGGUAGCUGGUUGUGCAUUUUGAUAGUCAUUUAGAUGUUCACAUGUAUCUUUCAGGUUUCCUUCUGUGGAGUUGUACACUCUGACAUUAUCCUCUGUCUUUUGUUAUGAGUAUAGUCCAACAGGAUUUUUUGUUGCCGUUGUGACAGAAUUGUGUAGGUGACCUGCAGGAAUCUUGUAAAGCGAAGAUAUCGGGUAUGUUGCAUUGUUAACAUAAUGCUAGAAUCACACAACAGACAUCUCAAUAUCUCAGACACCUGACUUGAUCUAACAGGCUUAUCGGGGUGCUUUCAUAGCCCAGUUUGUGCCUGGUUAGCUGAAUGAACGUACGUCCUUUGUCC